AUGUUAACAAACGAAACCUACUACAAAGAAGAACCAAGGCACUCAGAAAAAACAAUAAUAAGUAAAAUCAGAAGGCUAAUCAAUGAAUUCCAAGAUUCUUUCACUGACAAGGAAAAAGAGUAUAUAUGCAACUCUGUUAUCAAAGAGAGCAAUUUUUACGGAUUGCCUAAAAUCCACAAAAGUUCCGAAAUACAAAAUGCCAUAAAUAAGCAGAAAAACCAAUACGUAAAAAUACUAAGACCUGCUGACCUCAAACUAAGGCCACUAGUUGCUGGACCACAAGCUCUAACACAACAGCUAAGUCAUUUUCUUGAUAUACUCUUAAAACCUUUGUGCCCAUUAAUACCUAGCUAUGUAUGGGAUGGCAUAUAUUUCAUCCAACACAUUCACCCCACUGUUGCAGAAGGUACUAUACUAAGUUUUGAUGUCACUAAUCUCUAUGUCAAUAUACCUCACAGUUUAGGCCUAGAAGCAAUCAAACACUGGGUAGAAAAACAUAGAGAACGGAUAAAUGAUCGCUUCAAGACUGACUUCAUCAUCAAGGCCACACGUCUAGUGCUAGAGGAAAAUACCUUUAAAUUCGACAACAGAACAUAUCGGCAAAUAAAGGGUACGGCUAUGGGUAUGCGAUUUGCGCCCUCAUAUGCAAACUUAGUUAUGGGAUACUUAGAAGAAAAGCUCUAUGAGGAAGUGGAAAAAACUUUUGACCAAGAAUACAAAAAACAUGUCAUUAAAAAAUGGAAACGCUUCCUGGAUGAUUGUUUCAUUUUUGGGGAAAAAAUCGACUGA